UUGAGGAUAUGUACUACUUAUUUUAAAAUACGUAUACGUUCCCAUUAUAUUUGAAAUCUUGGACCACCGAUUUGAACUGACAUAUAGUACAUGCUCCAAGAUAUGCUCUAAAGUACCAUAAAGUACAUACUAUGGAAGGAGGAGAUCGAAAUUUUUAAAUGGCAAUAUUGUAAAUGAUACACGCGGUGCAACUGAAUUAGAAGACAAUAAAAUAAUAAUGGAUGACACAAGUAUUUUAGAUGAUACAGAACAAUAUGUAUCAAAAUCUCAUUCUAAGCUUCUGGAAGCUGUAUCACAGCUUGAUAAAGGGCAAAGAGUGAAGAAAGUGGAAAGAAGUGAACCUACAUUAGAAGUGUCAGAAUUUCAUUUGGUUAAAAGUGGCAUAUCUGAUCAAGAUACAGUUCAUGUGCAGGAAAUAGCUAGAAUUUUAAGGAAAAAAGGUCAUCAUAUUGAGAUUGCAAGGAACAUAGAAACAGCAAAAAAGAAUAUUCGUGUAUUACCAAAACCAUUGGAGAAACCUGCAGCAGAAAGGAUAAAGAGAAUAGUUGGCUUUGAAGGUACAAAGAAAGAACUAAAAAAAAAUGGAACGCAGUAAUAAUGAAGAACAGAGUAGCAGACUCACUUCAGUUUCCUUUGAAUCAUUCGUCAUUAAAAUUGGAAUCAUCUAACGAGUUCGUAAAAAAAUUUAGAAUUCAAUCAGAUCUAGAGAAAGAACUUGCUGCAUUAGAACCACAGAAAGAAAAUAUUGAAGAGAAAGACGACGAGUUCUCUUUGACAU